AUGGCGAGGUCGUCGCCUUUCUUCAAGAAGAUGCUCUAUGGAGGAUUUGCCGAAGGCAAAAAGGCGCAACCGGAGAGCGGGAAACCAGACUGGGUGGUGAAACUACCCGACGAUAAUGUCGCCUCUAUGACAAUCAUCCUGAACAUCAUCCACGGCCGUUUCGACAAGGUUCCCGGUUAUGAGGAUUUUGUCUACACGACGCAUUUCUACAACCUUUGCGUCUUGACAGAUAAGUACGACAUGGCCCACGUCUUGCGGCCGUGGGCUAAAGGUUGGUCGCGCUCUACGCAUAACCAAUGCGAAAAGCUUGGCCAGUCUUUGCGAACGAAGUUCUGUCACGAACGACUGUGGAUUGCGUGGGAGCUUGGGGACCAGGUUGCUUUCGAGGGCAUGGCGAAGGGUAUGCUCAUGAACAGCUCCGCCUCGGCAGGCAACAAUCUGCGUUACGUCGGGGCAUUGGAGCCACCUGGAAUAUAUGGUAUGUCUAAUCAUCUAACCCCUAUUGCGUUUCGUAUAGCUCAUGAAAUUCCACCCCAGAGAGGAUAG